GAGGCCGCACCAGCCAUGUUGGCUGGGCUGAAGCCUGCCUGGAGGCCGGGGGCGGGGCGGCGCCGGCGGUGAUUACGGUGCCACGGCUGCUUCAGCUCGGCGGAGGGGACUGAUUUAGCAAGGCGGAGCCUGCGACAGGCGAAGAUUCUGUAGAGGGGCACUGUGAAAUAAGAAACAAGCUUUACAAUGACAACCUAUUUGGAAUUUAUCCAACAAAACGAAGAACGAGAUGGGGUCCGAUUUAGUUGGAAUGUUUGGCCAUCAAGUCGACUAGAAGCUACAAGAAUGGUUGUCCCAGUGGCAGCCCUAUUUACACCACUGAAGGAGAGACCUGAUUUACCUCCUAUUCAAUAUGAGCCUGUUCUCUGUAGUAGGACCACUUGCCGUGCAGUUUUGAAUCCUUUGUGUCAAGUGGAUUAUCGAGCAAAACUCUGGGCUUGCAAUUUUUGUUAUCAAAGGAAUCAGUUUCCACCUACCUAUGCUGGCAUAUCUGAACUGAAUCAACCUGCUGAACUUUUGCCUCAGUUUUCUAGCAUUGAAUAUGUAGUUCUGCGAGGUCCUCAGAUGCCUUUGAUCUUUCUUUAUGUGGUUGAUACUUGCAUGGAAGAUGAAGAUUUACAAGCCCUCAAAGAAUCCAUGCAGAUGUCAUUAAGUCUUUUACCACCUACUGCUUUGGUUGGACUUAUUACUUUUGGGAGAAUGGUGCAGGUUCAUGAACUUGGAUGUGAAGGCAUUUCAAAAAGCUAUGUCUUCAGAGGGACAAAAGAUCUGUCUGCCAAACAACUGCAGGAAAUGCUGGGCCUCUCUAAAGUACCCGUUACUCAAGCAACACGUAGCCCUCAGGUGCAGCAGCCGCCUCCUUCCAACAGAUUCUUACAGCCAGUACAGAAAAUAGACAUGAAUCUCACAGAUCUUCUGGGAGAACUUCAGCGAGACCCUUGGCCUGUACCACAGGGAAAGAGACCUUUGCGUUCCUCGGGGGUGGCACUUUCCAUAGCUGUAGGACUACUUGAGUGUACUUUUCCCAACACUGGUGCCCGUAUUAUGAUGUUCAUUGGUGGUCCAGCCACUCAGGGGCCUGGAAUGGUGGUUGGAGAUGAGUUGAAGACACCUAUAAGAUCCUGGCAUGACAUUGAAAAAGACAAUGCCAAAUAUGUAAAAAAGGGAACUAAGCAUUUUGAAGCAUUGGCUAAUAGAGCUGCUACGACUGGUCAUGUUAUUGAUAUCUAUGCAUGUGCAUUAGACCAGACAGGCCUCCUAGAGAUGAAAUGCUGCCCCAACCUUACUGGAGGGUACAUGGUAAUGGGUGAUUCUUUCAACACGUCCUUAUUCAAACAAACUUUUCAAAGAGUCUUUACCAAAGAUAUGCAUGGACAGUUUAAAAUGGGCUUUGGUGGUACACUAGAAAUAAAGACCUCAAGGGAAAUAAAGAUUUCAGGAGCUAUUGGCCCCUGUGUAUCUCUCAAUUCUAAAGGACCCUGUGUGUCUGAGAAUGAGAUAGGAUCAGGUGGCACUUGUCAGUGGAAAAUAUGUGGACUCAGUCCCACUACAACCUUAGCUAUAUAUUUUGAGGUGGUCAAUCAGCAUAAUGCUCCAAUUCCUCAAGGAGGGCGUGGUGCAAUCCAGUUUGUGACUCAGUAUCAGCAUUCAAGUGGGCAGAGACGCAUCCGAGUGACCACUAUUGCUAGGAACUGGGCAGAUGCUCAAACUCAAAUCCAAAACAUUGCUGCUUCUUUUGACCAGGAGGCAGCUGCCAUUCUUAUGGCCCGCCUGGCAAUCUAUAGAGCAGAAACAGAGGAGGGGCCGGAUGUCCUCAGAUGGCUGGACAGACAGCUUAUCCGACUGUGUCAGAAAUUUGGAGAGUAUCACAAAGAUGAUCCAAGUUCCUUCAGAUUUUCAGAAACUUUCUCCCUUUAUCCACAGUUCAUGUUUCAUUUAAGAAGAUCGCCUUUCUUGCAAGUUUUUAAUAAUAGCCCAGAUGAGAGUUCUUACUACCGUCACCAUUUUAUGCGCCAAGACCUGACCCAGUCUCUGAUCAUGAUUCAGCCCAUUCUCUAUGCGUAUUCUUUCAGUGGCCCACCAGAGCCUGUUCUUCUUGAUAGCAGCAGCAUUCUUGCAGAUCGUAUUCUUCUCAUGGACACCUUCUUCCAGAUUUUGAUUUAUCAUGGUGAGACCAUAGCCCAGUGGCGCAAGUCAGGAUACCAGGACAUGCCGGAAUAUGAAAAUUUCCGCCACCUUCUGCAAGCCCCAGUGGAUGAUGCACAGGAGAUCCUUCACUCCAGAUUCCCAAUGCCAAGAUACAUCGACACUGAACAUGGGGGCAGCCAAGCUCGUUUCCUGCUUUCAAAAGUCAACCCUUCACAGACUCAUAAUAAUAUGUAUGCCUGGGGACAGGAGUCUGGAGCACCUAUUCUCACAGAUGAUGUUAGUUUACAAGUGUUCAUGGAUCACCUGAAGAAACUUGCUGUGUCAAGUGCUGCUUGAGUUGCUAAACAUAUUAAGGACACUUAAAAUAGAAUAAUAUUUUAGUUUCAUUAUUUUUCCUUUUUCAGUCCAUCUGUGGAAACCAACAGAGAUAUUUAGACUCUUUGUAUUAGCAUGGUUUGAGACAACUUAGGGAAAAAUGUUCAUGGUUGUAGAUUAAGCUGCAAUUUAAUGAGAGCAAUAAGAACAAAAUUAUUUUGCUUGCCACAGUAUUAUAACUGGUUUUAGAAAUAGGAAGUCUUUAUAAUUUAAUUAUGUUUAAGAGUAAACAUAGAGCCUGCCUUAUACUAAAGAGACAUAGCUCAUUUGUGUAUUGCAGACAAAUCCAAAGUGGCACUGAAUGUCCUUGCUGACCUUUUGAAAAUUUGUUUCUUAAUUUUAGCCAGAAAGUGAACAAAAUGACCAGUAAUGAUAAUGUGAACAUUUUUGCCUAUUCAUUGAAUAGUUUUUUGUGAUUUUCAGCACUUAUUUGUAUGCUUUUUCUGUACUGUUUUGUUAAGGCAGAUUUAUUUUUAUGAUGAUUUGACUUUCUAUGUAAUAAUUUUCAUGGAGCUAAUUUAACAUUUUUGUUCAUUUGGAAAAAUAGAACCAGUUUAGAGAUGAAAAGUUUUUUGGAGGUAAAAAACAUACAGCUGACAAUACAUGUGAAAUUCCCACAAAGUACCCAAUUUGUGUGAUUAAACAAUACAAUUUUUUUGAAAAAGGAGUGUAUUUUAGAAAAGCCUUUGCAGUAAAACGAGUGUUAUAACUUCUAACCCAAAUUUAGUUUUCACUUCACGGUUUGGCUUUUUUCCUUGUUUUUCUGGAGGUAAAUUUUGCAUUAUAUCCUUCAGUAUUUUACACUAUUUUUGGAGUUUACACAUUAUUUUUUGUUUCUGCUUCCUUUUUGUGAAACUCAUUAAGUUGGAGUUCUUGUUGAAACAGUAUUAUACAAUAUUUUGUUGAAUUAUAUCAUGUGGUAAUGUGCAGUUCUAUUCUGAUUUAGUCAUUAGUAUCAUUCACUUUUACCUUUUAAACCUUAUUUGUUGCAGAUAUGUUUACACUUGAAGCCAGAUACGUUUUGAUAAUGAAAUUUACACUAAGUACUGCAGAUGAAAGGUGGUGCUACAAUAUGUGCUUGGAAGAACAGCUUUGAUGAUUGCACUUGCAUGAACACAAUCAUAUGAUGGUAAAACAGGCAAAAACUUAAAAAAAUGUUUAUAUGUUGUAUUCAAUUAGAUUAAAUAAAUUGCUGUGUUCCAGUUUAUUUCAGGUGAAUUGUGCUAGGCCUAAACACCAAUAAAAUAUACUUUUUCUCUGC